GAAGCAGGGAUAUGUUCAUAAGGCUAUUCUUGCUAAUGGAGUUAUUAACUUCAAGAUUUCUGUUGGUCGUCUCAUUACUGCUCGUUAUAGUUUUAAUUGUCAUUGGACUGUGACGUCAGUGUUUGGUGAAAUGUUCUUGACGAAUGCUCAUUUUGAUAUAACCGGUCACGUGUAUAUUAAAGGUUUUCGAGUGAACCUUGGUGUUUGUAGGAAUAAUAUUAUUUAUGUUAAUCCUGAAGAUGAUCAUGUCGAUCAACUUUAG